CACGAUCACAAGCAAGAUUUACACGGAAACGGGCUUGCGUCGACGCCUCCACCGAAUCCGCCCCGGGCCCGGCAAUUCCUCGUCCACUCCGAGGGGCACGCACGCCGCCGCCGCCGUCACCACCAAAGCGCCCGUAGCGCCGACGAGAGCGUGCGACUAACCGACCCGAUGCCGCCGCCCAACUCCACACGCUCCUCCUCCCUCCCGCUCGCCGCGGCCCCCAUGUCCAACCCCUCCCCCUCUUCUUCCCCGCCUCCCAACCCCCUCGCCGCCGCCUCCUCCUUCCUCCAACACCACCUUUCCAACCUCGCGUCGCGCUUCGCGGCCCCGCGGCCCGCGCUCGCCGCGGCGCACCCGCCGGGGCCCCAGGGUUCCUCCCUCUCCCUCGCUCUCGCGCCUGACGAGGUCGCGCGUGCGCUCACGGGGACGCCCGUCUUCACUGUCUGCAACUCCAGCAACGAGUUCGUGCUGGUGUCUGACCCUGCCACCGGUCUACGUUCCCUCGGCCUCCUCUGCUUCCGCUCCGAGGACGCCGACGCCCUCCUCUCCCAUGUGAGGACGCGGCAGCCUGUGCUAGGGAAGGGCGCAAAAGUGGUCCCUAUUACGCUUGAUCAGGUUUAUAUGUUGAAGGCCGAAGGUAUUGCAUUCCGGUUCUUACCUGACCCACUUCAAAUAAAGAAUGCUCUGGAGUUGAAAUCUGGCUUAACUGGUUUUGACGGUGUUCCUGUUUUUCAGUCAGAUCUAUUGGUCGUUAAGAAACAGAAGAAGCGGUACUGUCCAAUAUAUUUUCAAAAGGAGGACAUAGAAAGAGAACUCAAAAAGGCAUCUAAGGGUUCAAAAGGAUCAGCCUUAUUGAAACAAAUUAUGGUUGGGAGUUUGGAGGAUGUCUUGAAGAAAAUGGAGAUAAAUGACAGAAAUUCUGGUUGGGACGACAUGAUCUUCAUACCACCUGGGAAGAGCCUUAACCAACAUAUCAAUGAGGUAUCAGCGUAGUUUUGUUGUGCAGUGAAUAGGCACAGAGUUUGAGCACACAUGUUUUCACACUUGAAAAGCUGUGAUGGCCAGCUUAUCAACAAUGUUAAGUCGCUGCCUGAGCUUCUUGUUUCGUAAUAACUAUUUUCAUGGCUAGCCUUGGAAGGAACUUUUUAGAAUCCAGACAUAAUAUUUUGCCGUUGUAUCCUAGAAGAGAAAAAAAAAACUACUCUACUGUUUCUGGAUUCACAAAGAUCGAGGUCGGCACCAAGACUGACAUGAUUAGUGCAUGGGGAUUAUCUUUCUGUACAGGAUUGCUAUCGUAAAAGAGAAUAGAAUGAUUUGAACU